AUUUUCCUAUCGGACGUAAACAGGCAAAACCACAGUUUGGUAAAAAAAAAAUGAAGCACAUUAAAAGGAAGUUGCGAUAAACCCUCAAAGUGCCGACGACCCAACUCAUUUUCCAUUUUGAAAAAAGAGAACCUACUGAGUGUAUCAGCUGAUGAUACAACACCAAAAAAAACACUUAAAAUGUGUUUUCAUUUCUGUAUACAUUUAUUUUGUUUGCUCUUUAUUAAAGGACUUCAAGCAGCCAACCAGGAAACUUCCAUCUUUGUGGAAGAUGCAGAAAGGGCCUGUCUGCCGUGUGGCCACGAUGUCGGCACAGAGCCAGGCUGGGUGGUCUGGUUCAAGAUCGCACAAGUAAACGGCAGCCGGCCGGUUCCUGUGAUCGCGUGCUCUGGGGAAACAGCCCUUUUCCCCUCUUGUGAGGGUGACGAGGAGACAUCAGCCGAAGAUUUGAAGUUCAUCUGCUCCAGAAACCAUGACCUAAACAUAAGAAAUACGCACGUAUCUGACUCGGGAAUUUACAUUUGUGCUGCUGCAUCCUACCUUGAUCGAUGUUUGUGUAACAGUAGGACGAUGUGCGAGUGGGAUAUGUUGAAAGAGACUCAGAAUAAAUUCAACAAUCACCAAUACCAGAAGAGUGUUAGAUUAACGGUGACAGCGUUGGUGGAGACAACGUACAUCAUAACGGUGCACACAGGAGAUGUGACUUAUGCUGGAACAGGCGCCCGUGUGUUCAUUGGCCUAAGUGGAAAAAAAAUAUGGCAAUCAGAACUCUCUCAUUCAUCAUGUAGCUGUUUCGAACGAGAUAAGAUUGAUGUCUUCAGAGCCAAAACUAAAAAUCUUGGAUGCAUAACAGACUUAUAUGUAUGGCAUGACAAUGGUGGAAUUGGUUCUGGUUGGUACCUUGACACGAUUGAUGUUUACGAUGGACACACUAAUUACAAGUUUGAAUUGAAUGCAUGGAUCUAUGGUCCAGAAAAAACGAGACUCCGCUUAAAGGCUAUCGAUGCACCAUCAUGUGGUUGUACCGUCUCUUCCUCUGAACCAUACUCAAACAUGGACAACUGUGUCAAUGGCAUGGUGAACAUGAAGGCUCUGUGUGACCAAUUUUCAAUCCAAAAUGGAACAGUUGAAACGUUUACAUCUCCUUCUUCUAUGAGACCAAUGGACGAGCUGUUAAGCUCAACGCUUCCCAGUGAACACGAGACCCCAAAUGUGCUGGUCCCAGCCACCACAGGAGCGGUGGUCUCCUUAGCUGUAUUGGUGGUGGGUGUUGCAGGCGUGUUCUGUCAUUUAAAAAAAAGGCGUGUAUUGAAAAGAAAUGAGAGAACAUGCAGAAAAGUCACUCCGAGUGAGAAUGUUUGUUAUGUAAGAGGACAUGUCAAGCCUGCUGCAAAAUACAAAGAACCAUCGGCAGAGCUAUUCAGUAUCUAUGAAAACAUGUAGGUCACAUUCCCACCAAGAAUGGGCAGCUCAUCCUGCAACCGAGUGGAUGAAUAAUAGGGUUUUCCCCCUUUUUCUAGCAACAAAACUGAAACCUUUUUACAAGGAUUCAUGUCUGCA